ACUUGGGAUAAAGAUCCACAGGCGCCAUGGCCCACAGAUAUCUGAUUGAUGUUCGCACACCUGCUGAGUUUGCAAUAAGGGCGUUAACCGGCGCGAUCAAUGUUGAAUAUCAACACAUUGCGCGGUUUGUCGCCCAUGAGAAGAAAGUCCCGAAAGAUGCCGAGAUCAUCUUGUAUUGUAGGACUGGGCGGCGCUCUGCUAUCGCUAAAGUGGAUCUCGAUGCCCUUGGUUACAAGAGGGUACAAGAUCUCGGUGGUUUUGAGGCCGCUCGAGAAGCGCUUAAGCGACUCAGGUGUGAUCAAGCAAAUGCUACUGCUUCAAAGGCGCAAAAUUCUCCCACCAAAGAAGCCUAUCAGUUGAAACCUACUAAGAGCAUGGAUGCGGCACUGGCAGCCUUGAAGAGGUCGCGUUGACCACGUGCGAUUGAAGGAUAUUCUUUUCAAGCACAAAAUUCAUUGAUUUUCAGUCCACUCUAUGGAAACUUGUCAAAGAAGUACAAGCAGUGUCUGUCAUACUACGACAACCAGUGCCAGCCGACGAAUCACAAACCUGGACGCAUUUUUUUCGGAAUUCUGUCAGCGCAGACGCGUGACGUUGCUUUGUCUAGCGUUGUCCUCCUUAAUUCGACCCCUGCUCGCUCUGCUCCCAUGCUGAAAGUUCAAAUUCACAGCGACAGAAGCACUGAAUGUGAUCCAUUAGUUGCCACGCGGUGGCGGGUUCGGGGGUCUUUGGGGAUUCUGAGCCGGCGGUCCCUGUGGAGGGGGUCCUUGAGGAGGUGGAGGUCUCGCUGCGUCACGGACCAUUAAGUGAGGAGGCCCUUGUGGAGGAGGGGGUGGCGGUGGGCUCUGAGCAGGCGGUGGCGGCGGCGGAUUCGCUGCUUCGCGAACCGCCAUGUGAGGCGGCACCUGUUGAGGAGGCUGUGGUGUUGGAGAAGGUGGUGGAGGGCCCUGAGCUGGCUGCGAUGGUGGAGGAGGGUUUAGAUUCCCAGGAGUUGGAGGAGCAGCGGGCAAUGCCAAAGCCGCUGGCAGAAUGGCAAGCAAGACUGCAAUCUUCAUAAUUCUCGAAUGUCGCGCAGCAACGGUCGAUAAGAAGUCCGAUAUGUCGAGUGGGAUUAUAAAGUUGUGGAGUUAUGAUCAGCUCAGCUGUUGUUGCACUUCUCUGAGCGUACCUCAGUGAGUUUAUAUAGACGUUCGACCUCUUGACUGAAUCUCAUCAUGAUAUUGCGCUUG